GGUGACCCGCUUAUGCAAUACUCUUCGUACGUGGAGGACGUAUCAAUUUGUGGACGAAACAAAAAAAACCGGUCAAUUAGUCAGGGCCAAUUAAUUCCGUUAAUCAUUUUGAAAUUCAUAUUGGAUGUUACGCCACUGGUGUUGGAAAGGUGCGCAUGCACCAUCAUCUGGGAUCUCUAAGGUUCAUGGUUCACACGAUUUGUGAUGGGAUGAAGGGAGACGGAAGUAUCGAACGUAGUUCGUUUCUUAGUCCCUCGCGUUAACUAAAAACAAUAUGGCAGUUAAUAGUGAACGAUAAUAUUUUGGUAUCGUGCACUUGCUUAACGUCGCUCCAGGAAGUGAACAAGUUUUGGUAGUAGAUAUCACAGGUGUUGUGUUCAGAGGUGCAGCUGAUAUGAGUGGUGUUCUGCCGUUCACGCCGCCCGUCGUGAAGCGGCUUCUCGGCUGGAAGAAAGGCUCCGAUGCCGACGACAAAUGGUGCGAGAAGGCUGUGAAGAGCCUGGUGAAGAAGCUGAAGAAGUCCGGAGCUCUGGAAGAGCUCGAACGGGCGGUGUCAUCUCAGAACCCGAACACCAAGUGCGUCACGAUUCCCAGAGUCCGGCCGACCGCUGAUCCCAACAUCCAGCCUCGCAAGGGAUUACCUCAUGUGAUCUACUGCAGAUUGUGGAGGUGGCCAGAACUGCAGUCUCACCACGAGCUCAGACCUCUCGAUCAUUGCGAGUUUACGUACUCUCUGAAAAAGGAGGAAGUCUGCAUCAAUCCUUACCACUACAGCCGAAUUGAAAGUCCAGCCUUACCAGCAAUUCUUGUACCAAGACACGCGCUGCUCAACGAUGAGAAUAAUCUGUUUCCUCAUUCGCUCGAAGACUUGAGUACUUCCGUACCGGAGAACACUUCUUUUCCACACAAUACAAAUUCUUUAGGAUUGCACAUGCAACACACAGGUGGAUAUAUGGAUGCCGUCGGGCUUUGCUCGAAUGGGCCACCCACCAACUUGGAGUCACCGCACAAUGCGGCUCCGCCGACUGAAACUCCUCCACCCGGAUACAUGUCCGAAGAUGGGGAUCCCAUAGAUCCAAACGAUAACAUGAGCAUAUCCCGCCUGACACCGAGUCCACCAGUGGACGCUCAGCCGGUCAUGUAUUGCGAACCUGCAUUCUGGUGCAGCAUUAGCUAUUACGAACUGAAUACGAGAGUAGGUGAGACUUUUCACGCUAGCCAACCAAGUAUCACCGUCGACGGUUUCACAGAUCCAAGCAACUCGGAAAGAUUCUGUUUGGGACUCCUUUCGAACGUUAACCGAAAUGUGGUAGUCGAACAAACACGAAGACAUAUUGGAAAAGGCGUCCGAUUGUAUUAUAUUGGUGGUGAGGUUUUCGCUGAGUGUCUGAGUGAUUCGAGCAUAUUCGUGCAGUCACCUAACUGUAAUCAGCGAUACGGAUGGCACCCAGCGACCGUCUGCAAGAUUCCUCCUGGCUGCAACCUGAAGAUAUUCAACAACCAGGAAUUUGCCUCUCUGCUUUCGCAGAGUGUCAGUCAGGGCUUCGAAGCUGUUUACCAGCUGACCAGGAUGUGCACGAUAAGAAUGAGCUUCGUGAAGGGCUGGGGCGCCGAGUACCGGAGACAAACGGUAACUUCGACUCCCUGCUGGAUCGAACUCCAUCUGAAUGGUCCACUUCAGUGGUUGGAUCGCGUUCUCACGCAGAUGGGAUCUCCUAGGUUACCAUGUAGCUCGAUGUCAUAGAAACCUCGAUAUUCGUAAAUAUCAUAUAUAUAUAUAUUUUUAUUAUAACUAUUAUCAUUAUACAGAAAUAUAUGUGUACGUACAGCGUGUAACUAUCGAAGUGUGCUGGUCACACCGGUCGUCACGCAACGCGAUUUUAUAAAAAUCGCUUUUCAUUUAUUAUUUAUAUAUUUUUUGUUUUACCGGGAGGAACUAUCACUUGCAGAAUAUCUGUAUACGUAUUUGAAAACAAUAUUGCAUUUAACUAAAUACUGAAUGAAAGAAUGAACAUCCUCAUGGUAUCAAAUGAUCAAUUUAAAUUUUCGUCAGUUUAUUUGCUCGUGCCUGCAUAAUGGUAAAAUAAUAGAGAUAAACAAAAGACAUUCGUUUUUUUAACACUACUGGGCAAAAUUAUAUUAAUUUAAAAAGCCAAAUAGAAAUUUAUUUUUUAUACACAUUGUUGAUCUCAUACACCGCAUAUACGUAAUAAUAAUAAUAGCUAUACAGAUGAUUAAUGAACAUUUCACAGGAAUGCUGCAUACUAAAACAAGAAGGACCCGGACGAUUAUUUUUUGCCCAGAGUGUUAUAAAAAUCUCAGGUCGCAUUCAGCAGCUCGGAUUUUAUUGUCAUUCAUGUUUUCACCCAUACGCUUUCUUUUAUAUAAAAAAAAAGUUUAUAUGUAUAUUUCAAAUAGAUAUUGUUUUAUGUUACGUUUGAAGGAUCGCACAUCUUUCUAAGAGCGCGUCUUUCCUAAUAAUAUAUUUGUUAUGUUUUUCCUUUAUUAUUAUUUUU